AUGACGAAUCAGAACAGCAUCGCGAGCAAUCCCGCUUGGCAGGCAUUGAUCAAACGAUUGGAAGGGCUGAAAAGCUUCAGAAUUCAUACUGGAAACAUCAACAAUUAUGUGGAAUUGAAGCUGAAAAGGUUCCAGAACUCGGCUGAGGAACUGGUGGCAUGUUUGGACCUACAAUUUGCUGAUCUCAAGGCUGAUAUUGAUGUUACGUAAGUUGUUUAAUUUUUUUGUUUGACUUUUUAGGUGAACCAAGGUGAAUAAGGGAGAUUAUGUUAACCAAAAAGAAUCAUUUUUAUAUUCUAUGGUUUGAAAUGUUGAUUUGGCCGGAAAGGGUUCUUUUUCGACUUUUUCAUUAAUUUUUACCUAAAAUAAGGUAAUUUUUAGCGACAAUAACAUGCUGCUCCUGACGAAUCGCGGCGAGAAGGACACGGUGUACGAACGAGACGAUCUCAAGAUCACAUUGAAAGUAUUCCUCUCCGAAUUCGAUCUCCAACAACUUCACGACGCCGUGGACGGAGUGAUCGCCCAGCUGAAGACGGACAACAUCGAACAAUUGAUUGUGUCGUUCCCAUCUUCGGAGAGCGCCAAGAUUGAUGAGCACACCGAGUUGGAUGAGGUGUGGUUUGGCAAGGUUUUGGAGGCCUGGAACAGAAUCGAUCAGGAAUUGGUUCAAACGAACAAAGUUGUCAGUGUUGGGGUAGCGGACUUCGAACUCCCCGCUCUGAAGGCUCUCCACGAAAGAAGCGACAACAAACCAUGUGUGGAUCACUAUAAUAUCGAAGGUUGUUGUGUGGUAAGUGGUUUAGUGUAUUUUGUUUUUGGAUUUAGGUGACAUUUUAUACGAUGAAACAUGCUUUUGUAACACAUGUGAAAGUCAUGAAAAAUCGAAUGUAUUUCUGUCAUGUUUUGGUUUAAAAUGAUCUUGAAUGAAAUUUAAGGUCCCACCAGAGCUCCAAGCCUUCGCUAAACAGUAUGAUAUCCAACUUCUCACUCAUAAUGACCCUGAUCCAUUCCCAUUGAAAGAAGUUUUCCGAACUUUUUGUGAUCUCUCCGAAACUGCGCCUGUUUGUAAUGUCUGCUUUGAGCCAACAUGGGCUGCAAGGUAAGUUAGUUAACUACUAAUUAUGGUUUUAUUAAAUAAUGGAUUAUUUUGAUGUUAUACUUGAUAUUACUCUACAUUUCUACAACUUUCAGAUACACGGUCUGGGUCCGCCGACGCUCGCUUAUGGCCUCUAAAGGAUAUAUUGUUCAGUUUGUCAAGGAAUAA